AGCUUGUCUUCAACAUUCUCUACUCCUCUCUCUUCCGUUUCCUUCUCUCUCCUUCUCGUGUUGUUGGGUCCCUCUCUCUUCAGAGCCCAAACUUGGCCUCAUUAUUAAAUCUUCUCUGCCAAGCAAGCUCUCCCUCGCUUCUCUUCAUUAGCACCCCCUUCCCUGUUUUCCUCGGUUUUCCCCUGCUUUCCUCUGUUGCGGGUGUUUCCUUUUCUUGGGGGGCUAUAUUUUUUUCAUGGCUGAACAGCUAGACGACGCCGAGUUUUGGCUUCCAGCCAAGUUUUUAACGGAUGAUGAUAUCGUUAUCGAGAAAGAGAACCUUAAGAACAAAAACGGUGGCAACAACACGGAGUUGUUGAUACCGAGUCAUGGUUUCCCGAUGGAGUCCUAUGAGUUCGACUCCUUUGAUUCCUCGUCUGCUCUCAGCUCUCCUGUCGAAUCCGUUGUUGGCUACGAGACUGAGAGCAGUGACGAGGAUGAGUUCCUUGCUGGGUUGACUCGCCGACUUGCUCACUCAACGAGUCAGAAACUCACUGUUCCUAUCCUUUCCCUGGACAAAAACGAGAAAAGUGGAGUCUUAGCGAGUUCACCGCAGUCGACUCUGAGUGGACUUGGAAGCUGGUCAACUUCAAGCAAUGGCAGCCCGAAUGGCCCUUCUCAAGUUCCUUCCCCUCCAACAACUCCUUUUGGUGCUCAAAAUGACACUUGGGAUCUCAUAUAUGCCGCAGCUGGCCAAGUUGCAAGGCUGAAAAUGAGCAAUGAAGCACCUAAAUACACCUGCUUCAACUAUGGAAGAGGCCUCCCCAAGGCCCAAAGUCAUGCCGUCAUGAGGAACUCAAGCUCUGGGCUGUACUCAAGUCAGGGUCUUUCUUAUAAUCUUGCUCAAACAAAUCAGUAUCAUGGAAGGCAGGAACAAGUGUUAAAACCUCAGUGCGGUGCUGUUAUGGCAAGGCAAAUGAAGGCAAGCAACUGGCAAGCGCAGCUUCAACAACAGCAGCAACAGCAGCAGAUCCAGAGUAGAGCAAGGAAUAAUAAUGUUGUUGGGGUUAGACCCUUGGGGUUGCCUCAGUCUUCAUGGCCUCCUCUUCAAGUUCAAUCUCAGCAGCAGCAGCAACCUCAACACAACUCUGGUUCUGGCAUGAGAGCUAUGUUUCUCGGUGGAUCUGGUAGCGUUAAAAGAGAGUGUGCUGGAACUGGUGUUUUCUUGCCUCGUAGAUACGGCAACCCUCCCGAACCUCGCAAGAAAUCAGGUUGCUCAACAGUUCUACUUCCAGCAAAGGUUGUUCAGGCUCUGAAUCUGAACUUUGAUGAUACUAAUGGUCAUGUUCAAUAUGGGAUGUUCGGUAUCACAAUCUCAACUACUCAAAUCCUUGAUGGUGAAAGCUCACAUCAGAUUGAUGUAGGCUUUGAUACUAUUUGUAACGACCCAAGUCCAACCAUUGGCCCAGCAACUCUUUGGGCCUAA